CCACCAAGACCAAGUUGGCCCUAUGAAAGUCCAGCGAUAUCAAGUUGGCAGUAUCAAGGACCACGUGGACCAAGUUGGCUGUACCAAGAUCAAAAACCAAGUUGGCAGCAACAAGGACCACCCAUACCAAGAUGGCAGUACCAAGGUCCACGUGGACUAUGUUGGCAGUACAAAGGUCCACCAAUACCAAGUUGGCAGUACCAAGGGCCUCGUGGACAAAGUUGGCAGUACAAAGGUCCAACGAUAAAAAAUUGGCAGUACCAAGGACCUCGUGGACCAAGUUGGCAGUACAAAGGUCCACCAAUACCAGGUUGGCUGUACCAAGGACCACGUGGACCAAGUUGGCAGUAUCAAAGUCCAUCACUUCCAGAAGAAGUUUGGAAUCAUAUGUCA